AUAUUAGCUUUAGUAUGGUAUAUCGUCAGCUACAUUCCGGGAGGACAAACUGGGCUCAACUUUUUCACAAAAAUAUUUUAUGCCGCAGCAUCAAAAACUGUAAAAACAACUCUGCCAAUAUGACAUGGCUCAACAUAGCAGUGUUUAUGGGAUCUUGUCAAAAUAUCAAUGUUUUUAAGGAAAAGAAAGACCAUCUUUGUCAGGGUAGUCAAACAUUGAAUUUCUUAAUGAAAAGGGGAGGAGUCUUAUUUUUUCACAGAAAAUACAUUGCUAUUUUGACUCAUAAUGGUGUGUUGAAUGUAGAUAACAUGAGGG